AUGCGCUCCAAAUCCAAACACCGUGACGCCUACCCCGCACCACUCAUCCUCCCCGCUGAAAAGAAAGACAUCCCCAGAUUGGCAGAAAUAUACAUCCUCGCCGAAGCACACGACCUGAUACUGCUGGUCGACAACGUAGCUCACUCUCGGGUCAAGAAAUGGCUCAUAGGCGUUCUUGAAGAGAAAUUCGAUGCUCCGGAGUUGAGGUUGAUGAAAGCGGUUGACAGGGAUAGUGGCGAGAUCACUGCGUUGGCGUUUUGGUGGUUGAGAGGGUGGGGUUUGGUGGAGAAAGAGGGAAGGGAACUGGUUUCCGGACAUCAAAUUCAAGUUCGAAAUGGACUUGUGCAAAGUGGAGAGAGGCCGAGCCCUUUCCUGUACCCACCGCUCCUCCAAAGCAACACCCCUCAAUUCACGGCCAGCUCCUCAGAUCCCAACGAUUCACCACUCCAAAGGCAUAUCUCAAGGUCUUUCAGAGCGUUUGAAGAGUCCUGGAUCACGAAAACUAAAUGUCUGCAUCUGGCACUUCUUAUGACGGAUCCACGGUACCAGCGCAGGGGGAUAGGUACGGCGUUGCUGGAGUGGGGUCAUGAGAUGGCUGAUCGGGAAGGUGUGCCUUGCUUUUUGAUUGCCUCGCCGGUAGGACAUCCACUCUAUGCGCAUGUUGGGUGGAAGGAGAUUGGGGUGAUGGAGGUCGAUUUGAAAGAAUGGGCGGAGUUUGCUAAGGGCGGUGAUAUGGGGUGGGGAACGUAUCGGUUUUAUUACAUGCUGAGACUGCCGAGAAAUGCGAAGUCUUGA